AUGGCCAAAUCCAUCCAACACCCUCUUAACCCGCUGGAUCCAGCCGAGGUUCGAAAAGCAUGCCAACUCCUCAAGCAGCACCUUGGCCUGUCAACAGACCAGAUCCGGUUCAAGGUGGUCGACCUCGCUGAACCGCCCAAGAGCCUCGUGCUCGUUUACCUCCAGGAUCCGUCCGUCGAUAAAGGGACCCCGCCAAGGCCGAUAGAUCGGAAAGCAAGGGUGUACUACCAUGCCAGAGGGUCGCAACUCCUGGGAAAGGCCGUCGUCAAUAUCACAGCCGGCGCGGUGGAGGAAAAUGCCGAGCUCGCCGACGUUCAAGGGCCGGUCGACUGGGUUGAAUUCGACCUUGUGCAGACGGCUUGCAACUCACACCCAGCAGUGCUGGCCGAGGUGGCCAAGUUGAAGCUUCCACCAGGAGCCAAAGUCAUCAACGAUCCCUGGGCGUACGGCACCGACGAUGCUGCAGAGAGGCGGCGCCUUUUCCAGUGCUACAUGUACAUCGUACUGAACGAUGACCCCCAGGCCAACCACUACAGCUUACCGGCUCCAUUUGCGCCCAUUUUUGACGCCCAUACCCUGGAACUGGUCGAUCUCCAGAGACUACCCCUUGACGACGGCGCCGAAGUUGACCAAGAAACUCAGCCCUGGACUCCAGUCCAGCCGGUGGAAUACAGCAAGAACUUACUAGAUAAGCAAAGCUUCCGGGCCGACCUCAAACCACUGCAGAUUGUGCAACCAGAAGGCCCGUCCUUCAGCAUCACCGGGCGCACCGUCCACUGGCAAAAGUGGACGUUCCAACUCGGCUGGACGAUCCGCGAAGGACCCGUUCUCCACGAUGUACGGUACGACGGCCGACGGCUGUUCUAUCGCGUGGCCAUGAGCGAGAUGACAGUCCCUUACGGCGACCCACGCUCGCCUUACCACCGCAAACAGGCCUUUGACCUGGGCGACUCGGGCUUCGGCCUCACCUCCAACACGCUCACGCUGGGGUGCGACUGCCUGGGCCACAUCGCCUACUUCGACGGCAUCAACGUCUCCGGGACGGGCGAGCCGAUCAGCAUGCCCAACGUGGUGUGCAUGCACGAGAUCGACCAGGGGAUUGGAUGGAAACACACCAACGUGCGCAACGGCAUGUCGUCGGUGGUGCGAGAUCGCCAGCUCGUGGUCCAGUGCACCGCCACCGUCGCCAACUACGAGUACAUCCUGGGCUUUGUGCUGGACCAGGCCGCCAACCUGCACGUCGAAGUCAAGGCCACGGGCAUUGUGUCGACCAUGCCGACGAGAGCCAAGUCCUCUCCCUGGGGCACGGUGGUGGCGCCGGGCGUGCUGGCCGCGAACCACCAGCACCUAUUCUGUCUGCGCGUCGACCCGAACCUCGACGGCGACGGCGACGGCGACGGUGAGGGUGGCGGUGACGGUGACGGUAUGUCAAAAACAGGCUCGGGCAACACCAUCGUCUACGACGACUGUAUUCCCGUGCGCGACGAGCCCGACCUCGACCCGUUCGGAUGUGGCUUUCGCGUCCACACCACGCCCAUCACCAAGCCCGGCGGCUAUGACCUCGACCUGACCAAGGCGCGCACCUUUCGAAUCAUCAACCCGUCACGCAUCAACCGCGUCUCCAACAAGCCCGUGGGAUACAAGCUCCACGCCAGUCCGAGCCAGAUGCUGAUGAUGGGCCCUCACACGUUCAACUACAAACGUGGCAUCUUCACCUCCAAGCCGGUCUGGGUCACCAAGUACCGCGACGACGAGCUCUGGGCCGCCGGCGAGUUCACCAACCAGAGUCGUGAGGACACCGGCCUUGCCGUGUGGAGUGCGCGAGAUGAGGGAAUCGAGAACCAAGACGUCGUGCUAUGGCAUACUUUUGGUGUUACUCACGUUACCAGGCCAGAGGAUUUCCCCGUCAUGCCCCACGAGAAAUUCACCGUGUCGCUCAAACCCACCAGUUUCUUCGACUCGAACCCCUCCAACGACGUCCCUCGUUCCGACCAAAGAGAGAACAGAUCGACUUUACACGGCGGCGGCGGCAUAGAGUCUUGCUGCGUCAGUGGUGCUGGGAAGGAUGUGCGGCUAUGA